CCCUUUGGCAACCACCAGUUUGUUCUUUGUGUUUAUAAGUCUGUUUCUUUUUAUUCUUUUUCUUAUACAUUAUUCUGUAUCCACAUUUUCUGCAUCUGAUUGGAUCCCUGAAUUUUAUUUUCACUGUGACAUUCUCCAGAGAUCUAGAUCGUUGGCUGCCACUUUGAGGGUUGACCAUCCUGUGUAUCCACUGUCAGUCCCCACAUAGCACAGAGAAACUUCUCACUAUGUGCUUCCAGACAGAUUUUCACUUGUCACUGUCCUUCCCAUCCUUUUAUGCAAAGGAUAUGCAGGGUCCCUGUUCACAUGGACCACAGUGUCACCCUGACUCUCCUCCUUGCCCUGGCAUUUGAACCCACAGCAUUGCUCUAAGCAACUGGUGGUUUGUGGCCCAUCUGACAGACCUGCUGGAUCACUGCAAGCUCCUCCAGUCGCACAACCUCUAGUAAGUGUGUGGCAGCCAGGCCAGCUGUCAGGGGUGGGGCUGCGGGAGGGCCCCGAAUGGAGCAGGCCAGGGGUUUUGGUCUCCUGUUAUGUUUUAUUCCAGCUUCGGAUCUAACAUGAGAGAGUUCCUCCUGUUGGAAUAUGCCUCGGGACUGUUUGCUCAUCACAGCCUGUGGCAGCUGGGAGUGGAUUACUUUGACUACUGCCCUGAGCUGGGCCGAGUUUCCUUGGAGCUGCACAUUGAGCGGAUCCCCCUGAGCACUGAGCAGAAAGCCCUUAAAGUGCUGCGGAUUUGUGAGCAGCGGCAGAUGACUGAGCAAGGAAGGUCAGGACUGGGGUCAGCUUGGAAUUUACUUCUCCCAGUUCGCAGCAUUUGUAAGAUCUUAGCCAUGAAAGCUGUCCGCAACAAUCGCCUGGGCUCUGCGCUGUCUUGGAGCAUCCGAGCCAAAGAUGCUGCCUUUGCCACGCUGGUGUCAGACAGGUUCCUCAAGGAUUACUGUGAGCGAGGCUCCUUUUCUGAUCUGGAUCUCAUUGACAACCUAGGGCCAGCCAUGAUGCUCAGUGAUCGACUGACCUUCUUGGGUGAGUCUCUGGGCUCUCAGCCCCAGACCUUUGGCAUAGUGGUGGGUUGUGCAGAUGGGACGGACUGAUCUAGGCUUCUCCAGUGUUCCCUCCUGUUGAGCCCAAACUCCUAGAACCAUGUGUGCCAGACUCUGCAAAGCAUAUUUUCUAACAUUUCCCAGUAAUUUCAAACUUAAGAGAAAGGUGCAAAAGCAGUAUAAGGACUAAGGAACUCCCAUGUACACUUUCUCCAAAUUUACCAUUUUUAUUUUGCCUCGUUUAUUAUUCUGUCAGGUUUUUGGGGAAAAAUCUGAAAGUAAGUUGGAGACUUUGUUCCCCUUUCUUCAUAAAUACUUGAGCAUGUGUUUCCUAAGAACAGGAAGAUCAUCUUAGAGACCCAGCCUCUGAAUGUACUACUCUCAUCAGAUCUGCAGUCCAUGUUCUGGUUGCAUCAGCUGUCCCAGUGGUGUCUUUUAUCGUGUCCACACUCACGGAUUCAGUUUUCCUGUCUCUUUAGUGCCUCUGUCUCUCUCGG